ACUACAGCUUCCAAUGCUGACUCUUUUCCUUUACGAGUAGAUAGAUACUACGAGACGUUUGGGUUUGGAUCAAUUAACUAUGCAGCACGACUUUUGUUAACAGUAUUAUUGGGAAAGACAGGUUUUGACCAUCCAUUUGAAAAUUUUCACUAUUAUAAAUACCACCAUCAUCUUUUUAACUUUUAUUCACUCAAAUCUUAAAACCUCUUUAGAAUCGUCUGACUAAGAAUCAAAGAAUGGGAGGAAAAGGUGGUAGCGGGGGAGGAGGGAAAGGAGGUGGUGGUGGUGGAGGGAAAGGCGGUGGUGGUGGUGGAAGUGGAGGAGGUAGGAGUGGCGGUGGUGGUGGCCACGGAGGAGGAGGAAAAAGUGGUGGCGGUGGUGGAGGAGGUGGCUACAUGGUGGCUCCGGGGAGCAACGGAUCUUCCUACAUUUCGAGAGACAACUUUGAGAGUGACCCUAAAGGUUACUUCGAUAAUCUGCAUGGUAGUGGACAGGGCAGCAAGUAACUUUUGCUCUUGUAAUUCACUCUGUUUAGUGAACAUACUUAUGGUUGUUAUUACCAAAUAAACUAUCUAA